AAAAAAAAAAAAAAAAAAAAAAAGCUUAACGUGUAGUUGGUUCAAUGACUGCGCACAAGACCACGCGCAUGUCUCAGUUGAUUUUCUCUCCCUUCAAGUCCGAAACUACGAACCUAACUGCAAUUGUGUCUACGUUCAAAUCCCUCCUCCUCCUCUAAUUCGGUUGGGCCACGUGUAUCCUACCCAAACGUCAUCAUCUACCCGUCGCUGUAUUUAGCCGUCCUUCUUCUUCUUCUCAUCCUCCUUCCGGCUCAAGCAAAAAGCAAUUAAAGAGCGAUACAUGGAAAGCUCCUCCGCCGCGCCAACUGCACGCCGACCAAAUUUCCGUUAUCUUCGGUGUUCCUUCUUCCAGAACUGUUGCCGCUGUUUCUGUUGCUGCUACACUUAUCCUUAGUCCAGCAAUCCCCAAAUUCUGUUUCCUCAAGGGUAACUAAAUCUUAGGGUGUUAUGGAUUUAUCUAAUGCUCAGUCGGCGGCUCUUUCCUUAGGGUUUGGGAAUUCGCAUGCAUCAUCGUCGCCUUCUAAGAUUCCGGUUUCGGGCGAUUCCAUUUCUGUGCAUAUUGCUUCAUCCAAUCCGAUCCCUUCUGGUUCCCUCCGGUUUCUCAAACAAUGUCAGGUUGUUAGCGGAGAGGAGGAAGAUCAGGACGACGAAGAAGGUGAGCGAUUCAGUCUUUUAGGGCAUCCAAUGUGUCUCAAAAGGCAGAGAGAUCCCCAGUGUCUUUCAAUUUCAAACCCUUGUAAACGUCUGGCGUCUGACCCUAGUCUGGAGCAGAGGCGGGCUGCCGUUCGUUCCUGGGGCAACCAGCCGAUGGAAGUUGUGGACCCGGAGGUGCAUGAGAUCAUGAACAAAGAGAAGAAGAGACAAUUCAGAGGAAUUGAGCUUAUUGCCUCUGAAAAUUUUGUGUGCCGUGCAGUAAUGGAAGCUCUGGGUAGUCACUUAACCAACAAAUAUUCCGAGGGAAUGCCUGGAGCAAGAUACUACACAGGCAAUGAGUAUAUUGAUCAGAUUGAAACUCUCUGUUGUGAGCGUGCGUUGGCAGCUUUUGGUCUCGAUUCACAACAGUGGGGAGUGAAUGUGCAGCCUUACUCCUGUACUUCUGCAAAUUUUGCUGUUUAUACAGGUCUUUUACAGCCUGGUGAUCGGAUAAUGGGAUUGGAUUCACCAUCUGGAGGGCAUAUGAGUCAUGGGUAUUAUCAGCCAGGGGGGAAGAAGAUAUCUGCUGCUUCGAUAUUCUUUGAGAGUUUUCCUUAUAAGGUCAAUCCGCAAACAGGUUAUAUUGAUUAUGAUAGGCUGGAGGACAAGGCACUUGAUUAUCGCCCCAAGAUAUUGAUUUGCGGUGGGAGUUCAUAUCCACGAGAGUGGGACUAUGCUAGGUUCAGACAGAUUGCAGAUAGGUGUGGAGCCGUGUUGAUGUGUGAUAUGGCUCAAAUUAGUGGCCUUAUCGCAGCAAAGGUGUCUGCAAGUCCAUUUGACUACUGUGAUGUAGUUACUUCUACAACUCAUAAAAGUCUACGGGGUCCAAGGGGAGGUAUUAUCUUUUACAGGAGAGGCCCAAAAUCAAGAAAGCAAGGUGUGCCUCUAACUAAUGGUGAUGGUGGCAGCUAUUAUGACCUUGAAGAGAAGAUAAACUUUGCUGUUUUUCCUUCACUCCAAGGAGGCCCUCAUAAUAAUCACAUUGCUGCUCUUGCCAUAGCCUUAAAGCAAGUGGCUACUCCUGAGUACAAAGCAUACAUGCAACAGGUGAAGAAAAAUGCUCAGGCUUUAGCAUCUGCUUUGCUAAGAAGACAAUGCAAAUUAGUGACUGGUGGCACGGACAAUCAUUUGUUGCUCUGGGAUCUGACCGCCCUAGGUUUAACAGGUAAAUAUUUUGAGAAAGUCUGUGAGAUGUGCCACAUCACUGUAAACAAAACUGCUAUAUUUGGUGGUAAUGGUGCCAUUUCUCCCAGAGGAGUGAGAAUUGGUACUCCUGCAAUGACAUCAAGAGGUUGUCUGGAAUCUAAUUUUGAGACUAUUGCGGACUUUCUUAUUACAGCAGCACAUAUCACGAGUACCGUUCAGAGGGAACAUGGAAAAUCAAAGAAAGAGCUUCUCAAGGGUCUCCAAAACAAUAGUGAUAUUGUUGAUCUCCGAAAUAAAGUCGAGGCAUUUGCUUCACAGUUUGCAAUGCCUGGGUUUGAUAUUUGAAGACAUAAAAGAGCAUCUACAUGCUUUUUGAGUAAUAUAUUGAUUUUUGCCACUGCACCUUGUUUUCCCAUUUCAGAGUCUGUAAAUCAUAAAAGAGUGUAAAUACAUAUGGAUCUAUUACCAAAAAGGUCGCAGAGAUGAACUGCCUGAAACCUGGAAAUCAAUUCUUUUUUGUCAGUAACUUCGUAAAAAAUUAAAAGAAUGCUUUUAUUUCUGACAGAACAGUAAAAAUAAGGAAUUUUA